CGCAUUUCACGGGCAAAACCAGAGAGUAACUGUAAGAAACCAGCUCUUGUUAAUGGCUGAGGCGGCGGUGGAGACGGCGACUAAAGAGCGGAAGAUCCUGGUGGCUGUGGAUGAGAGCGAGGAGAGCAUGCAUGCUCUCUCAUGGUGCCUAAAGAACGUUAUUUCUCAUAAUUCAAAGGAUACAAUCAUCCUCCUCUACGCUAAGCCUCCUCGACCUGUCUACACUGCUCUCGACGGCACAGGAUAUUUGUUUUCUUCUGAUAUUAUAGCGACUAUGGAGAAGUACAGUAGCGAUGUGGCUGAUUGUAUCAUAGAGAAGGCCAAGAGGAUGUGCAGAGAUCAACAAGCUCAUCAUGAUGUGAAGCUGGAGACGAGAGUAGAGUGUGGUGAUCCAAGGGAUGUGAUUUGUGAGAUGGUGGAGAAGCUGAGUGCGGACAUGCUAGUGAUGGGAAGCCAUGGUUACGGUCUGAUCAAGAGGGCAUUUCUUGGGAGCGUGAGCAACCACUGCGCACAGAACGUCAACUGUCCUGUGUUGAUUGUGAAGAAACCAAAAUCAAGCGUUGAUUUUUCGUAGUCUCAGAAAUGUGUUUGAUGAUCAAACAAACCAAACUUCAUGCGAUGCUGGAAUUGUAUAGAGUUCACAAAAAAUCUUUACGAGUUCAUUGGCAUCAAAUUUAGCAAGCGCCUCACGUGUAUCUCCAAAUGGAACUCGGCUAUCAUUUCCAGAAAUGGAAACAAAGGUUUAAGCUUGUGAAUUUCAGUAAAAUUUUUGGGAUACCCUUUUGUCCAGAUGUGUUUUUAUGUGUUAACACGUUACACAUACACUGUUUCUAGCACUUACAAAACUAUUCCUCAAUUAUCACAAGUUUAUACAUUGGAUUUGAUGGUCU